AUGUCUUCAUCUAGGAUAGAAAUACUAAAUGAUGGAGGACUACGACACGAUGCGCGACGACCGUACGAACUACGUUCGACAUCCUUCCAACUUGAUACCCAUCCAACAGCCGAGGGAAGUUCGACGGUCACACAGGGUCUGACGACGGUACAAGUAUCUGUAUUUGGACCUCGAGAACCCAAAUCGAGAAGUACGGCGAGUCAUGAUAAGGCUAUUAUCAACGUUGAAGUUGGGGUCGUACCCUGGGCUCAAGGAGGGGGAGGAAAGAGGAUAAGAGGUGAUAAACGAUUACAAGAGAUUGGAGCAUCGAUAAGACAGACGUUCGAACCUGUCAUAAUGACCCACCUAUAUCCCCGAAGUGAAAUAUUCAUAAAUGUGCAAGUACUAUCAGCAGAUGGAGGAAUUCUUCCAACCGCUAUAAACGCCACCACCCUCUCAUUGAUAUCAGCCGGUAUAUCAAUCACAGAUUACGUCUGUUCCGUAUCAAUAGGUUUACAUCUCACUCAACCUCUACUGGAUUUAUCAUACCUCGAAGAAAACGAUUUACCGAAUUUGAUCUUGGCGUCGUUGACGAAUUCGGGGAAAAUAACGCUUGCUCAGAUGGAAACGAGAUUACAUCUAGAUAGGUUUCAGGAGAUGUUAGAGUUGGGCACGGAAGCUUGUAAAGUGUUAAAAGAUGAGAUGGAUCAGGUGGUAAAGGACAAUACCGGCAGGUUAGUGGAGAGGAUGAAUGUUAGGGUCGGUGGUGGGGUUGCGGGUAUGACGGUUGAUCAGUAG